AAACAGGUGCCAGCUCAUUUUUGCUUCACUUCCUCUCAGAAUGCAAAGUGGUGAAGGCAGUUGGCAGCAGUUACAGCAGCUCUGAAACCAGUAACUGUCAGGCGCCCCCCCACCCACCCAUCUGUACAGGCCAAGCCUGAGCCAACUCUGAGUCUACAUCAGCCCCCAGACGCACAAAUGCAGCCCACCUAAGGAAAUCUACCAAGAAUGAAUCAUCCACCAAAAUGCACCUGCCUCUCGUUUCUCUGUUCUCACACGCAUCAAAAGUUUAGCGUUUGCUUUCUGAGAGUGUCACAUUGUAACUUGUGAAAGUUUGCGUUGUGGCUUUGGUGUAAAUAUUUAUUUUUGAUUGAUUUUGUUUUGAUGUCCUGUCAAUAAAACAAACAAAGGGCGUAUUGACGUGUUGACUUUGUCCACAAGGAAAUAGCAACUAAGAGUGUAAUAGCAGAAGUGUCAAAAGAAAAUUCUUGUAAACCACACCCCUACGCUCACAGGAAGCCCUCUGUGUGUCUGUGUGUGUGCGUGUGCGCUAAAAUCCCCAGAACAGCAGACACAGAGACGGGCGACACACAUGCAACGAGUGAUAGAUAAGAAAUCAAAACAGGAAAGAGUACGAGUGAAGACAAAAGUUAAUGGAUAUGAAAGAUAGAUAGAGCGGUAGAAUGAAAGAGAGAGGCAGAGAGAGAGAAAGAGGCGGGACGCUGAAAUUAAAGAGUGUUAGAGGAGGAGAAAGGAGGAUGGAGUUUUUCGUCUGAUGCCCCGGUCUUAUCUGCUUUUUGUUUCUCCAGCAUCUUUAACGACAGAGGUGAGAGGAUGAUUAUUAAUUGCUAAUAAUGUUCAGAAGUGUUCGGAGAAAGUAGCGAGUGUGUGGGGGUUUGUGUGUGGAUGCUUUCUAUGUGGAGUCAUUGCUCAUGGGGGACCUUGUCUGUUUCUCCAGUGUGUGGAAUGCCUGUUAUGUUGAAGUGUGUGUGUGUGUGUGUGUGUGUGGGCCAGUAUUGGGGUGUCUGGUCUUUAUGUGUCAGAGUAAGUGGACUUCCUGGAGAUCACAGCAUAUUUUCUUGUGUAUUUGAACAGGGCACACACACGUGGAGGGACCCCGAUGCUCACCGGCAGCGUUUUUGGUUCUGAAACACGAGGUCAGAUCUUCGGAAAGCUGCUUACACGCCAGCAGCCCACAGACGGAGGUGAAUCACAGCAGAUGAGAUUAUGUGUUUCCACUGGCAAGACCUGAUGAAAACUACUGAGUCCUAAGACCACCAGACUUUUUGGGGAUCGCAGAGAAGCCUGGAGGACACAUCAGCGCUGGACAAAAACUUAAAACAAAAGACAUUCUUCCUCUGUCUGACAUGCCGCACAGAGUACCAGCUGCACGGGCCGCAGCAUGAUGUAACCGGCGGCAUGGACGCUCAAACCAACCCGUCACCGGACUACAAGCAGCUCUGCUGAUACAAGCUUCCUGCUGGUUUGCAAGGCAGCUCAUCUUAACACUGACAUGAAUGUCAGUUCUCCUAAUAUGAACUGCUCCAAUACCAGUGAGAUAAUAGACUACCAGCACCAUUUGUAUGCCGUGGUGUACAGUGUGAUCUUAGCACCGGGCCUGCUGGGUAACGUGCUGGCGCUGUGGGUGUUCAGGGCCUACAUCAGAGAGACCAAGAAAGCCGUGGUGUUCAUGAUGAACCUGGCUGUGGCCGACCUACUGCAGGUGCUCUCUCUGCCUCUGCGGAUCUACUACUACCUGAAUAACUCCUGGCCCUUUGGGUAUUUCUCCUGCAUGUUCUGCUUCUAUCUCAAGUACGUCAACAUGUAUGCCUCCAUCUACUUCCUGGUUUUCGUCAGCAUACGUCGCUGUGGGCUCAUCAUGCGUCCGCUGUUGUACAACUCGGGUCGACAAAAAGGAGACGUGUUAAUAUGUGGGAUCAUCUGGCUGAUCAUCUGUACUGUCUGCCUCGGAUUCCCUCUGCUCAGACACGAUCCUUCCUUGCCCGAAAGGAACGACACAAAUAAGUGUUUCACGGAGCUGCCUCUGCGGAAGGAUAUCGGUCCCUCGGCAAUGUGGGCCCUCUUGAUUUUACUAGAGCUGUUUGGCUUCUUCGUCCCUCUCGUUUUGGUGCUAGGCUGCACGUGCAUGACCAUUUGGAGCCUUCGGGAAAAUAAAGCAAAUGCUAUUUCUGACAGAGGGGAGAAAAAGAGAGCGCUGAGGAUGAUACUAAGCUGUGCUGUAGUCUUCUUAGUGUGCUUUGUACCGUACCACGCCACGAUGCCUCUCGACCUUAUGGUCAAAGCUAAGAAAGUUACCAGCUGUGACUUUCAGAAACUGGUUCUUCGAAGUCACCCGGUCACACUCUGCCUGGCCAGCCUGAACUGCAGCCUGGACCCUAUCAUGUACUAUUUCACUACUGAUGAAUUCUGGAGGCGACUGAGCAAGCCAGAGAUACCGGAGAGCAUACAUCUCAGCCGGCGUCUGUCCUGUAUAACCGGAGAACAGGACGAAGAGGAGGACUAAACUGCUGGUGGCGACAGCCUCCCCGCAACCACUAACCGAGACUGAAGACUAUGCAAACUUCAACUUCCUGCAAACUAUGGAAAUAACAUUUAUGCUGAAACGGGAAUGUGAAAAUAUGGGAGUUUUAAAAUGUUAUUUUUUUAAACCUAUUUAUUUCUCAAUAAAUGUU